AGUACAGGAAGGACGGAAGGGGAAGGAGGGAGAAGUGUGUGAGACAGUGAGAGUAAACACGAACCGCCGGAGAUGAGAAAGGGAGAGUGACACACAUGUACUGAAUAGAGAGCGAGAGUAAUGUACUUAUGUAAUUUAGUCAGAUAGAGGGAAGGAGGACAAUAAUAUGAGUAGAUGUUUAAUGUAGAGACAGAGGAUUCGGGGAGGACAUUAGGACAAAAGGUAGACAGGGAGAGCCAGAGAGACAUGAGCCAGACAGUGGGGUGGGAGAGGUGAGGAGUGUGUGACGGUGACGGGCUGGUGGGGGUGUGAGUGUGUGUGAGAGGAGAGCGAGAGUGAGUGAGCCAGUCAGCCGCCGCCCGCUUCAGCCUCCUCCCUCUCCUCGUCCUCUCGUUGGGUGGUGAAUCAAUGAGGUGAAUCAGCCACACCACCACACUCCCGGUCCUGCUGCAGGUGUGAUGUAGAGAAGGUGUAGCGCUGCUGGACAGAGGCAGCAAGGAUGGUACUGGAGGUGUACACGUGGGUAGGGCUGGCAGCCCUGUUCCUGCCACUCCUGACCCCUAGUGUAGCAGGAGAAUGCAUCAGAUUGGACCAAGACACCAUUCUUCUCAAUGAUCUCAAGGACAUGAAGGACAGGCACUGUUACAGGUGCUACCAGGUGUUGGCGCCCAAGCAACUUCAAGUACAGCUGCAUCGAAUGCGGCUCAAGGGACUGUCCUCUGUCAUGAUCUACAUAGAUGGCAGUGCAAACCAUGUUCCCAUGGACUGUGGAGAGUGCCAGGGGGAGAAUGCCUGCCAGGAGUGCAAGGAGGUGGCACGUGGCACAAUGUUUGAGCUGUAUCUCCGCCAGGACACAAACUUAGAGCUGGAGGAAGGCCAGAAUGCUUGUCAAUACAUUGCCUCAUUCAACAUCACCUUAGAUGUGAUAAAUGACGAGCCAGAAGUGAAGCCUCCGCUGGCCUGUGACAAGGGUUUCCUGGCAACCUUCCCUCAGGCGGGGGAUUCAUGCCUCAUCAACACCACAGCGGUGGGCACAGAGAAUCACUGCUUAGUGCCCACUUGUGCGGAGGACAUCCUCUCCUCAGAUCCCUUGGUGGAGAGGAUUGAGCAUAAGUUCAAGGCAUCAUCUUUGCCUGAGACGUGCGUGUGGCGCCUCAACACGGAGCAGCACAAGCAGCUUACGCUUUCCCUCUCCAAAGACAUCCGGCCGCACCUCACUGUGUUCGAGGACUCCCUCACCAAUCCACGCUGGGAUGUGCAGUGGUGUUCAGGACACAGUGACAACUACAAGCUGGACACUGUGUCUGACACCGUGUUUGUGGUGUACCACAACACCGAUGGACCCACCAAGAAGAGCUCCCUCACCAUCACUCAGCAGGCGGCUUGCCUCAUUCCACCCUCCCUGGAGAAUGGGGAUGUGGGGUUCAAGCGGCUGGAGUCGGGCAUGGUGGCACUGUACUCCUGCAACCAUGGCUACACCCUCAUCGGGCCUUCCAAGUUGAGGUGCAAGGACGGGGCCUGGAGUGACCCUCCUGUGUGUCUCCAUGACAAGGAUAAACUGAUGUCUGAUGCCCCAAUGGAUUCAGUAGAGAGUGUGGACAGUGCCAAUGUUACUGAUUUAGCCCCAGAGAAUGACACUAACUUGACUACAGAUGACAACAGUGAGCAAGAGAUGAAGCUGGACACUGUGGUGAAAGAUGAUGGAGACGUGAUGAUGGAUUUGAACAACGAAGGGGAGACAGAGGUGGAGAAGGACGGCGAGGACUACACCACUUCAGAACCUGACAUAGAAGGUGACCAAGAGAUGAAGCUGUACCCAACAUUCGGCUUUGAUCAAGACGACGAGUACUCAUCAAACGACACCUUGGACACAACACAGCAGCCUUCCUCCAACACCACAGAAGGCACUGGGGGAAUCUUUACUGGCCUUCUCAACCUUAAUCUAAAGGAGGACAUGUACACCAUCAUCAUCGCUGGUGCAGGACUCGCUGGGCUGCUGUUGCUCAUCAUCAUCAUUACUGUGGUUGUCUAUCGCAAGAGGUACCCCAUGAGUGGUCUUGGACGCCGCUUUGACACCUUCCAAAACCCUAUUUAUGAGAAAGCUGUAGUGAGGGUGCCUCUGCAGGUGGAAGAGCCGCCACCCGAGGAGAAAAAGGCAAGUGAUGCAGAGGAGAUCAGCAACUGCACUAUGCUGGAGCCAUAAAUGUACUAAGCUCUGAUCUCUCUCUCUUUUUUUUUUUUUUUUUUUUUUUUUU